UUUUAAAAAUUCAUUUUAUUUAAUUAUAUUUUUAGAUCUUGUUUUUGGGAAAAUAAUUGUGAUAACAUGAAAACAACUGAACAUAAUUCUUCAGUUAUUGAAAGUUCAUUAAGUCCUACUAAAGGAGAAUUAUCAGCUGAAGAAUCAUGGGAAAAUGCCAAUGAAAGUUUUUUGAUUGAAGCCACCCAGUUAGUCGAACGAUUGGAACAUAAUAAUUUUUCUAAAAACAAUUCGUUAAGUUCGGUAUGUGAAAAAUCCGAAGGAUUUAAAAAUGACAUAAUGAAUCAAAAUACUCCCAUACCUAACAAAAGUACUGAUCAUAAUUUGCCACAAGAACCAGAAAUGAAUUUCAAAAAAUGUGACGAAAAAGAUGAAUUUUGGGAAAGCGAUAGUUCUUUAGAAGAAAUUAUUGGCUCGUUACAAGAAGAUCAAUUAAUUAUGCCAGGAAUAACUUCUCUUUCUGACAAUGUACAAAACAAGUCAGAAUAUUCUAGUGUAGAUUUGUUUACUAUAAAUGAAAGUGAUACAUCAGAAGCAACAACAUGUGUCAAAAAUGAACUUAAAAAUGUAAAUGUCAACAUUAAAAAUUCAGUAAAAAAUGGGACAAAUGAACAAAUUUCUAAAAGUAAUACAAAAGAGAAUGGAGUCUUAGUCAACGACACUUCACCUGAAAUGAAAUCUAAAUUAUUCCAAAUCAAAACCAGUAAAAAGUGUACCCCUGAAGAAAUAGCAAAGAAAAGAGAGGAGGCAAUGAAGCGAAGGCAGAAAAACAUCAAGAAAGUGAGAUGAAAUAGAAAUAAGCAAGGUUAAGAAGUGAAAUUUUUCUAUAGCUAUUUGAAUGAUUAAUGAAUUAAUCAUGAGUGAUACUUUUUCAUUGCAAACAUUCAAACCUUUCAUAUACUUUUGUAUAUAAAUUGUGUAAAUUUGUAAAUUUUCGUUGACAAAAAUAAAAUAUUUUUUAGUAUUGGAAAAGUUUGGUUACAUUUCUGAUAAACAUUUGAUUUGUUGAUAUUAAUUCAGACUAAUCUUUUGUCUAUAAAUUUUAAAUUAUCUAAUUGAAUAUAAACAUGGUAUACUCACUUAAUACAUUCUUUUAAUGUAAACUCACUGUAACACAUUAGGUUGCCACCAAUUGACAAUUGCUAGAGGAAGCAAAUACCAUUGUUUUUAUUUUAGGACAGUUAGUUCCUUCAGAUAUUCUUGUAGGUGAGCAUAACAACAAAACUUUCUACAGUUGCUAAUUAAGCAAGAAGUCAAAUAUUUUUUACUCAAAUUUAAACACAAAAGAAUUACAAGUAGCUAAAAAAAUAUCAAAAUAAAGCCACAAAUGCUUAAAAUCACUUAAUUAACAAUAAAUUAAAUAACAAUUAAUAUAAAUUUAUCAAAAAGUAAAAAGUUAAUUUUUAAUUCUUGAAUUAAUUGCAAAACAUACUGCUGCAAGUUAUAGAAAGAUAUCAUUGGCAUGGGAACAGAAGCAGGAGUUGACAAUGUCAGCUACAGAUUUGGCGAUAGUUAUUAAAAUCCACUAUGAGUCAUUCAUCAUUGAAUAACUCUAAGUUUUGGAAUUUAAUGUUUUACUUCAAGAAAAGAGGAGGAUAAUAAGACACACAGAGUAUUGAAUAUUAAAGUUUUAGAAGCACUUCUUUUCCUGUAACAAAUGUAUGAACGUUUUUAGAAGAUCACCACGACAAGUUUUUGCUAGUCAAGUUGAACAAGUACAAUUCUAAAUUUUAUUCAGCAUACAAAAAAUAUCAGAAUUUAAUCUAUUGAUAGUUAAUUCAAAAUUUCAAAAGUACAAAUUAUGCAAAUUUAAUUUGAUUUUUAAAUCAUUU